CCCGCCGGCUCCACCACGCCCCGUCCUCGCCGCCACUCGCCGCGUGACCGGCAGUGAUCACGGAAGCCGGGACCGCCCGCCGGACGGACGAAUCCCCUGCCGCGGGCCAGGGGAAGUCCCCGAGCCGCUCUUCGUCAAGGAGACCAAGGAAUUUUCAAAUCUCCAUCCUGUUUGGUUCCUGAUGCCAUCGAUGCUGCCCAGACCUGGGAUCUACUACUUCCCCUGGGAAGUCAGUGAUGGCCAAGUUCCCGACGGAAGCACGCUGCGAACUUUUGGCAGGUUGCUCCGCUACGACAUGACACGCUCCCUGGUGACCCUGGCAGCACAGCAAAGACCUGAUCAGUGCCAGCUGCAUGUCUGCACGAAGUUGGUGGAGCCUUUUGAGCCGUGUGUGGGCUUCCUGUACAUGGUUCUUGGAGAGCUGGAGCAUGAGGAGGAUGGAGGUUCUGUGGUGAAGGCCCGACUGCUCACCUGUGUGGAGGGCAUGGAUCUGUCCUUGUUAGAAAAAGCCAUCCUGGAGCAGAGGCUGUGCCUGCAGAAGAAGCAGCAGCCAAUAGGAGUCGCCAGCUCCUUGCCCACGCCUCCAGCUGCUCCUCCUUCCCAUUGACAGCCUUCGCCUGGAACCAGAAAGCAGCAGCCGGGG